AUGGCAGGCACCACGGGCUCGGGAGUAAAAGUCCCUCGCAAUUUUCGACUGUUGGAAGAACUGGAAGAAGGCCAGAAAGGAGUAGGAGAUGGCACAGUUAGCUGGGGUCUAGAAGAUGACGAAGACAUGACACUUACAGGAUGGACAGGGAUAAUAAUUGGGCCUCCAAGGGUGGACCCACGAGCCAUCUCCGUGCUAGCAAAGUGGCAGAAUUCCUACAGCAUCAAAGUAGUUCUGCAGGAGCUUCGGUGCCUAAUGAUGUCUAAAGAAAAUAUGAAACUCCCUCAACCCCCGGAAGGACAGUGUUACAGCAAUUAA